UAAAACUUAAACGCUACAGAACGUCUUAUAAACGAUCGCGCGCGCCGUGUACUUGCAAACUUCACUGCCAAGCCGUUCACUAUACACACACGUUCAUCCAUACAGAGAAGGGAAAUUAUACAAUGGCGCAACAAUUAUGGGGCGGACGUUUUGGGGAUGCCGAGGGCAAGACUAGCGAGUGUUUGGCGAAAUUAAAUUGCAGUCUGCCGCUCGAUUCGCGUUUCUAUGACGAGGAUAUCGACGGUAGCAUAGCCUACGCUGAGGCAUUGGCCCGUGCUGGUUUAAUUACCGAUAAGGAAUCAGCCGAUAUUGGCGCCGCACUCGAGGUGGUGCGCGGCGAAUGGAAAGAUGCUAGUAUAAAGUUUUUGGGUAGCGAUGAGGAUGUGCAUACAGUGAAUGAGCGUCGUCUUACCGAGUUGAUUGGUGAUGUUGGUAAGAAGCUGCAUACCGGACGUAGUCGUAAUGAUCAAGUGAUUACCGAUAUGAAAUUAUGGUUACGUCGUGGUAUACGCGAGACUGUCGCCGAUCUGUGUGCUGUUAUUGAGGUGACGCUGGAGCAGGCCAAGAAAAAUUUGGAUGUACUCAUGCCGGGCUAUACACAUUUGCAACGUGCACAACCGGUGUUAUUCUCACAUUGGAUGCUCUCGCAUGCAUUUGCACUGCAGGCGGAUUGUCAGCGUUUGUUGGAGUUGAAGACGCGCGCGAAUGUCUUGCCAUUGGGUAGUGGCGCUUUGGCGGGCAAUCCUUUGGGUGUUGAUCGUGUGUGGCUGGCAAAGCGGCUGGGCUUUGCUGGUGUCACGCCGAAUAGUAUGCAUGCGGUGGGUGAUCGUGAUUUUGUGGUCGAUUUCAUCUAUUGCUGCUCAUUGGCCAGCUUACAUCUCUCACGACUCGCCGAGGAUUUAAUACUCUAUGCAACUAAAGAAUUUGAUUUUAUAAAAAUCGCCGAUGGUUUCUCCACGGGCAGUAGUUUGAUGCCACAAAAACGCAAUCCCGAUAGUUUGGAAUUGGUGCGUGGCAUUUCCGGCAGUAUUUGUGCAUCGCUGAGUGGCAUCAUGAUGACCAUUAAGGGCACACCAUCGACGUACAACAAAGACUUGCAAUUCGAUAAGCAAUAUGCCUUCGAUGCUUUCGAUCGGCUGAAAGAUGCUCUAACAGUGAUUGGGGGUGUUGUUGGAACUAUGGAACUGAAUCGAGAACGCAUGGAAUCGGCACUGAGUCCAGAUAUGUUAGCUACAGAUUGGGCCUACUACUUGGUGCGCAAGGGUGUGCCAUUCCGUCAAGCCCAUCAUUACAUUGGCGAAGUUGUCGCUUACGCUGAAAAGGCUGGUUUGGAGCUCACCGAAAUACCGUUAGGUGAACUGCAGAAAAUCUGCAAGCAUUUCGAUGUGGACAUCGUGCAAGUAGCCGAUUAUGCUAUUAACGUGGAGAAAUAUGAUGUGCCCGGCGGCACUGCACCCAAAUCGGUGAAGGAGCAAGUAAGGACAUUACAGAACUUUGUAAAGGAACUGAAGAAAUUGAAUUGAGACUAAAGCAAUCUAUCGAAGUUGAGAAAAUAAUUUAUGGUGAAUAAAAAUUAUUUGUUGAC